UUCCAGAAAUUGCUCGGGUCAAGUCCUGGCCAGUGAGAGAAGUGAAUGGGUGGAUCUUUAUCUGGCAUCAUGUUGAGGGUCUAGAACCCAGCUGGUCAAUCCCGAUUGCUGAAGAGGUGGAGAGAUCAACAUGGGUGUACCGUGGGAGGACUGAGCAUUAUGUGAAUGCUCACAUCGAGGAAAUACCAGAAAAUGGCGCAGAUGUUGUCCACUUGAAACAAGUUCAUGGGCCCAUUGUGACUGCAGGAUCUGAUCUCAGGACAAUGUGGAACAAGCGCUGGGCAUUUGCCGAGCACCACUGGACGGCAGCUUGGGAGCAGAUGACUGAACCUGACGGCCAUAUUGGUUUGAUGAAGCUAACUCACGAUAUUUCCGUAUUUGGUUUCGUCCUCCCCUUGUUGAAUUUCAAAGUCAUGGCCAGACAAAUAGGGCCCGCAAUAGUCUACCUGGAGUUUGACAGCUUUUUUGGUAGAGGGAUGUUUAUGCAGAUGGUCACACCACAAGCUCCACUGGUUCAGAAAGUGGUCCAGAAUAUCUUCGCCACCAGGUGGAUGCCAGCAGCAAUUGCCAAGUUUUACCUGAUGUCGGAAGCCUUACAG